UUCUUUCUGGGAAGUAAACCGCCAUUAUUUCUCGCCGUAUGAAGUGAGUCUCUUAAGAGUGCAGCCAGGCAGAAGUAAGUUCUCGGCCUGUGAAAAUUUGAACCCCCCCUCUCAAUUCCCACACUUACGGUCGUCCAGAGAAACGGAAGGCAGGGGAUGUCAUGUGAUGUAAACAUGGCGGAUUGACAGUUCUUAGAGGAUGACAAUCUGUAUGUCUGGAGCGAGAGGAGCUGAUGGCCAUCGCUGGAUGACACGGCUGUAAGCUGACUCCAAGCCUGUCCGCGAGAAUCAUGAACGCCAUUGUAGCUCUGUGCCACUUCUGUGAACUCCAUGGACCCCGCACUCUGUUCUGCACUGAAGCUCUGCACUCGCCCCUCCCCCAGGGAGCGGCCUGCGGGGAUAGCCUGGGUCAGGGGGACCAGGUGGAAGAGGAGGAAGGAGGAAUUCAGAUGAGUAGCAGGAUCCGUUCUCACAGCCCUGCCGAUGGCGCCAGUGCGGAGUCCAACAGCCCCAGGCUGAAGAAGUCUGAUAUGUGUGAGGGCUGCCGGUCUUUGGAUGCCUGCCACCCUGGGUAUAUCAGCCAUGACAAGGAGACUUCCAUUAAAUAUGUCAGCCACCAGCAUCCCAACCAUCCUCAGCUCUUCAGUAUCGUGCGGCAGGCCUGUGUACGCAGCUUAAGCUGUGAGGUCUGCCCUGGCAGGGAAGGUCCCAUUUUCUUUGGGGAUGAGCAACACGGUUUUGUUUUCAGCCACACGUUCUUUAUCAAGGACAGUCUGGCCCGGGGGUUUCAGCGCUGGUACAGUAUCAUCAUCGUCAUGAUGGACAGGAUCUACUUGAUCAACUCCUGGCCUUUCCUUUUGUCCAAGAUCAGAGGGAUUAUAGACGAGCUUCAAGGGAAGGCAAUAAAAGUGUUUGAAGCGGAGCAGUUUGGGUGUCCACAGCGGCCCCUUAGAAUUAACAUGGCAUUCACACCUUUUUUGCACCAGAGAAAUGGCAAUGCGGCUCGAUCUCUGACAUCGCUCACCAAUGAUGAUAAUUUAUGGGCCUGUCUGCACACGUCCUUUGCCUGGUUGCUGAAGGCUUGUGGUUGCCGUCUGACUGAGAAGCUGCUCGAGGGGGCCCCCACAGAGGACACUUUGGUGCAGAUGGAAAAGCAGGCAGACUUGGAAGAGGAGUGUGCAGCCUGGGAGAGUCAUGAAGAAGAGGGUCAAUCCUGGUCUCCACCUGAAGUUCUGGAGGGAAGAGAGCUGUCCAAAUGCCAUACAGAAUCCUCCGCCCUGUCGGAUUGCGGCUGGAACAUGCGGAGGACAGCCGUGUUCCGGUCUUUGCGGCACAUGAGACAGGUGCUCGGUGCUUCCGCCUUCCGCAUGCUGGCCUGGCACAUUCUUAUGGGCAAUCAAGUCAUUUGGAAAGGACAGGACCGAGAGCUCAUCCAGUCUGCCUUUGAUGUCCUGCAGGCCAUGCUCCCCGUGGGCUGUGUUCGUGUGAUCCCAUACAGUGAGAAGUAUGAAGAUGCCUAUAGGUGCAACUUCCUGGGACUGAGUCCCCAGGCAGAGAUCCCCCUGCACGUGCAGUCCUCUGAAUUUGCAGUCAUGAUUGAUGUCCGCACGGCUCCAAGAUCCAACCUGUACCCCGUCUUGUUUUUGGACGACGAGCCGCUCAGCAAGUAUGAGUUUGCUGUGACGAGUGGGAGCCCCGUGGCCACAGACAGGGUGGGAUUGACGAUCCUGAACAAAAUAGAAGCUGCUCUGAGCAACGAGAACCUGUCCAUGGACGUGGUGGAGCAGUGCUUGGUGUGCCUGAAGGAGGAGUGGAUGAAUAAAGUGAAAGUGCUUUUCAAGUUCACCAAGGUGGACAGCCGCCCCAAAGAGGACACACACAAGCUGCUGGGCAUUUUGGGAGCUUCGGAGGAGGACAAUGUAAAACUGCUAAAAUUUUGGAUGACCGGCCUGAGCAAGACCUACAAAUCGCACCUGAUGUCCAGUGUCCGCAGCCCCACCUCGUCGGAGUGCCGGAACUAAGACUGCAACCUGCGAGGAUAGGGACGUGGACCUGUAUACUUAUGAGCUCGGAGGGCACUCCCAAUCGGUCAUCGUGAGGGUUACUGUUACAGACACAGUAUGAAGAUCUGGAAUAAAUGUGCGCCCUGGUACUAAAUACAGCCCCCUGUACUGUAUGCAGACAACCGCCAGGGCCUGCUUACAUGUAUGCUACUACAGUCAGGACUGACCCCCAUAUAAUGGCCUGGGAAGACUUCAGAGAGGACAAAGCUGUCAGCAGUCCUCCAUAUAUCUGCAUCGAAAUGUAGCCUUCUAGAAUACCGCAACACCUGGACCUAUGGUUCUGCUGAACUGGACUUGUAUCACAUAGAACCUACUAGUGCUCCAGGUCUUGCAUCUGUAUUAUGGCCUAUAAUGUUGGCCUACUAUGUAAAUCCCUUGCUUUUACCCAUUUUUGGCUCUUGAUGUUUUUCCUCUCCAGUCACAUCCAAAGCUGAAUUCAGAAUUCUGCCGGUUUACUGUUAACAGAGAGCAGUGCAUUGUGGGGAGUCCGGAUGAGCCGUAAUAGGGUGUCUCUAGACUUAUGUACCGCCAUAUACUGUUAGGUCAUGUGUCUGACACGGGGUGGAGCUAAACAGUUGUCUGUUUCCAAGGGCAACCAGAAGAAUUCUGACAGCAGCUCUGUAUAUGAAUGGUAAAAACACAAAUCAAGUCAAUAACUACAAAAUCAGUGAAGAAAAGAACUUGCACUGUAAGGCUGUAUUCACAUCUGCAUUGAAGACGCUGUCACCUGUUCGGUCAAAAAUGCUGCCGAAAAUAGGGCCCAUAUUUGUGGUCGGAUCCCGUUGGGUGCCGUUCAUGUCGGAUUCACAACUUUAUAAAGAAGUUUUUAAAGUAACUUUUCUUCAGCACUCUGUCCAGUACGGAUCAAGGAAAAAAAAUCUACUAAGCUUGAUUCUUAAAGGGAUUCUCCAAGACUGGGAACCAAUGGUGUAGUAAAAAAAAUCCCCGCCUGUUCAGAGAGUUGCGGGUCCAACAAUAAAUCUCCUUUCUCUGUCAGUUCCUGUCCCCGGUAGUCCAUAGUGUGCCACGCUGUCCACAUGCACAUCAUUACCGUGACCUGUGCACUUCUACAAGGUCACUGCUGAUUGGCCAGCACCGGUGAAGUGCAUGUGCGCGGCACGUCAUACCUCUGGUCCACCAGGGACUAGAAGAUGGGAGCUUGGAGUCUUUUUUUUUUUACUUUUUCACCAUGCCCCCGUACCACUGAUUCCUAGU